ACUCCUCCCUCCACAGUAUCAGAGGCUCGGCGAAGAGGAGGAGAGUUCUUCUUUCUGCUGCUCUCCCUCUGAGUCCAUCCGAAGCUCUCUCCUGCUGCUCCCGCUCAUAGCGCAGAGCUGCUCAAGCACCCCGCCAGCUCUACAAUGGAGAGAGGGGAAAUACUGGCUGCGUGUCUUCUCUGCUGGAGCUGCAGUGUGUGUGUGGUUACAGCCAUCCGGAGGGCUGAUAUGUUUGCUUAUGGCACUUUGAGUGGAGAUUUCAUAUUGGCGCAGGGCGACGAUGAAACUUCCAGAGUGCUGUCCCUGCCCAAACCCUUAUACUUCUACGACUCCCUCUUCUCCCAGCUAUAUGUGGCUACCAAUGGUAUCAUAUCAGCCCAUGACCUGCCGAUGGAAAAGCAAUAUGUUGACGACGGCUUCCCCACAGAUUUCCCUGUGGUCGCGCCAUUUCUGGCUGACAUUGACACCAGCGGAGGGCGAGGACAGAUUUACUACCGGGUGACCGAAACACCCAGUGUACUCAACAGAGUGGCCCAGGAAGUACACCGAGGGUUCCCCGAUGCAAAAUUCACACCCACACACGUUGUGGUUGCAACAUGGGAGAACGUCGCGGCAUAUGAAGAACAAACUCGAACCAAUGGACCUUCAAACAAGGUCAAUACAUUCCAGGCAGUAAUUGGUUAUGAUGAGACCGACUCAUACGUUCUAUUCCUUUACCCUGAAGGUGGCCUGAACUUCUUUGGGACACGACCCAAGGAGUCUUAUAAUGUUGAGAUAGAGCUUCCUGCUAGAGUUGGCUUCAGCAGAGGAGAAGUCACAUAUCUGAUCUUCUCUCGAACUGAGGGACCUCACUACAGCGUUACCAGUGAUAAGCAGAGUGUUAAAAACCUCUACCAGGUUGGUAAUACAGGAAUUCCAGGUGUUUGGCUUUUCCACACUGGGAACCGUUACUCUUUCAACAACAUUGUUCCUGCGUCCACUGGUGGCCUCCUUGCUACUGGAGGACAUGGCCUCUCCCUGGACACCACCACCCCUGAGUACGCUGAGUUUGAGGAAUAUCCAGACAACACUUUUGACCCUGAUAACCCAGAUGAAGAAGAUGAUUACCCUCUGACAGGCAGGGACCCUGAAUCCCUUCAACCAGCAAGUCCUGAUGCUCCCUCCUCCCCUUCAGAGGAUUCUGGUCAUCAGGUGUCAUACAGCAGCGAAGAUGUACCAUUGACCUCUGAACCCAGGUACAGUUCAGAGCGAACAGAGAGGCAGUAUGCUCCCCCUAAUCCUCCAGAAACAGUACCAGAGGGAGGUGCUCAGCAGACUCAGGAACAGCAGCCACAGGUUCCUCUGGAGGUGGUGGAUGUCUACCCCCCUCACAGAAAUGAACCACCUCUUUCCCCUGGAGGUCACGUGGUCAGCGUGGAUGAAGACGAUGUUGAUUUUGAUACAGGAGUGAUUCAGUACACUACAGAAAAUAAGGAAACAUGUGCCAGAUUCCAGCAGCAGUGCUCCCAGAAUGCAUUUUGCUCCGACUACGCCACAGGCUUCUGCUGUCACUGCCGGCCUGGCUUCUAUGGAAAUGGACGCCACUGUCUACCCGACGGUGCUCCACAGCGUGUUAGCGGUAAGGUGAGCGGAACAGUGACUGUGGGUUCGACUCCAGUGGAGCUGAACAACAUUGAUCUUCACGCCUACAUCGUGGUGGGAGAUGGGAGAGCGUACACUGCCAUCAGCAAGGUACCUGAGCCAGUAGGCUGGGCUCUGAUGCCACUUGCACCAAUAGGAGAGCUGUUUGGAUGGAUGUUUGCUCUGGAGCUGCCUAAUAGCCAAGCAGGAUUCAAAAUCACAGGUGCUGAGUUCACUCGUCGUGCAGAGGUGAUUUUCUACCCUGGCAACCAGCACCUGUCAAUCAUCCAGGUGGGCCGGGGCCUUGACGACCACAACCACCUCACCGUGGAUACUGUAGUCAGCGGCAACGUGCCCUUUCUGCCCCCAGGAGCUGAAGUUACCAUGGAUCCCUUCAAGGAGAUCUACCAGUACUACCCAUCUGUUGCCACCUCCACCUCUGUGAGGGAGUUUUCAGUCGUCUCGGCAGACCGAGGCUCUGAGUCCUUCUCCUUCCAGCUGAAGCAGAACAUCACCUACCGCGACUGUCGACAUGACAACCGUGCUGCCGCCCCGGAGACGCUGCAGAUCACCAUGGAGAGGGUGUUUGUAAUGUACGUAAAGGAGGAGCGGAUCCUGAGAUACGCCAUCACCAACAAGAUCAGCCCAGUCGGAGUUGAGCCAACAGGGCCGGAGCUGGUCAACCCCUGCUAUGCUGGGAACCACGACUGUGACACCACGGCCCAGUGUAUCCCGCUAGAGGGCCAGGCCUUCCAGUGUCAGUGUGCUACUGGUUACAGAGGGGAUGGACGCAACUGUUACGACAUAGAUGAGUGUACUGAGGGCUUGAGUUCAUGCGGUGCUCAUGCUCAGUGCAUGAACCUGCCUGGUAGCCAUCGCUGCCAGUGCCAGAGUGGCUAUGAGUUUGGCUACGACGGGCGUACCUGUGUUGAUGUAGAUGAAUGCAGCUCCUCUCCAUGUCACAUCAAUGGCAGAUGUAUCAAUGGACUGGGUUCCUUCCAGUGUCAGUGCCAGCCUGGGUUUUAUGGUGAUGGCUUCUACUGUUCCCAGCAGGAAGGACAGACAGUUAGCCCAAAGAGCCAGUGUGAGCAGCACAGAGACAGCCUGCAGAGUGGAGUGGAACAUGGUGGUCGACCGAGUCUUGGAGCCUUCAUCCCUCAGUGCGACUCUGAUGGACGGUAUCGACCUCUGCAGUGUCAUGGCUCCACUGGACAUUGUUGGUGUGUGGACAGUAGGGGCCAGGAGAGAGGAGGAACCAGGACACCACCUGGUACAGCACCCAAAGAUUGUGACAAACCAGAUGAACCAGAGCGUCCUAAAACUCACUGUGAACACCACAGAGACAGUGUACAGACUAGCAGUCCAGAGGGAUAUCCUGUUGUUGGAGCCUAUGUACCUCAGUGUGAUGCUAAUGGACAGUACAGACCAUUACAAUGUCAUGGCUCCACUGGACAUUGUUGGUGUGUGGAUAGUAGGGGGCAGGAGAGAGCAGGAACCAGGACGCCACCUGGUACACAACCAAAAGACUGUGACAGACCAGAUGAACCAGAGCGUCCUAAAACUUACUGUGAGCACCACAGAGACAGUGUACAAACCACAAGUCCAGAGGGAUAUCCUAUAAUAGGAGCCUUUGUACCCCAGUGUGAUUCUGAUGGACAGUACACACCACUGCAGUGCCAUGGCUCCACUGGACAUUGCUGGUGUGUGGACAGUAGGGGACAGGAAAGAGCAGGAACCAGAACAUCACCUGGUGCACCACCUACAGACUGUGACAAACCAGAUGAACCAGAGCGUCCUAAAACUCACUGUGAGCAUCACAGAGACAGUAUACAGACUACCAGUCCAGAGGGAUAUCCCAUAGCUGGAGCAUAUGUACCCCAUUGUGAUGCUGAAGGACAGUACACACCAUUGCAGUGUCAUGGCUCCUCUGGACAUUGUUGGUGUGUGGACAAUAGGGGGCAGGAGAGAGCAGGAACAAGGACACCACCUGGUACAGCACCUAAAGACUGUGACAGACCAGAUGAACCUGUGCGUCCUAAAACUCACUGUGAGCAGCACAGAGACAGUGUACAGACUACCAGUCCAGAGGGAUAUCCUAUACCAGGAGUGUUUGUACCUCAGUGUGAUUCAAAUGGACAAUACACAGCUCAACAGUGUCAUGGUUCCUCUGGACAUUGUUGGUGUGUGGACAGUAGGGGACAGGAGAAAGCAGGAACCAGGACUCCACCUGGUGCACCACAUGUAGACUGUGACAAACCAGAUGAACCAGAGCGUCCUAAAACUCACUGUGAGCAUCACAGAGACAGUAUACAGACUACCAGUCCAGAGGGAUAUCCCAUAGCUGGAGCAUAUGUACCCCAUUGUGAUGCUGAAGGACAGUACACACCAUUGCAGUGUCAUGGCUCCUCUGGACAUUGUUGGUGUGUGGACAAUAGGGGGCAGGAGAGAGCAGGAACAAGGACACCACCUGGUACAGCACCUAAAGACUGUGACAGACCAGAUGAACCUGUGCGUCCUAAAACUCACUGUGAGCAGCACAGAGACAGUGUACAGACUACCAGUCCAGAGGGAUAUCCUAUACCAGGAGUGUUUGUACCUCAGUGUGAUUCAAAUGGACAAUACACAGCUCAACAGUGUCAUGGUUCCUCUGGACAUUGUUGGUGUGUGGACAGUAGGGGACAGGAGAAAGCAGGAACCAGGACUCCACCUGGUACACCACAUGUAGACUGUGACAAACCAGAUGAACCAGAGCGUGCAAAAACUCGCUGUGAGCACCACAGAGACAGUGUACAGACUACCAGUCCAGAGGGAUAUCCUAUAUCAGGAGUGUUUGUACCUCAGUGUGACCUAAAUGGACAAUACACAGCUCAACAGUGUCACGGUUCAACUGGACAUUGUUGGUGUGUGGACAGUAGGGGGCAGGAGAGAGCAGGAACCAGGACGCCACCUGGUACACAACCAAAAGACUGUGACAAACCAGAUGAACCAGAGCGUCCUAAAACUCACUGUGAACACCACAGAGAAAGAGCCCAGACUAUCAGUCCAGAGGGAUAUCCUAUAGUUGGAGCUUAUGUGCCCCAGUGCGAUCCUGAUGGACAGUACCUACUACUGCAGUGCCACAGCUCCACUGGACAUUGUUGGUGUGUGGACAGUAGGGGACAGGAGAGACCAGGAACCAGGACACCACCUGGUACAGCACCCAAAGACUGUGACAAACCAGAGCGUCCCAAAACUCACUGUGAGCACCACAGAGACAGUGUAAAGACUACCAGUGAAGAGGGAUAUCCUAUAAUUGGAGCCUAUGUACCUCAGUGUGAUGCAGAAGGACAGUACACACCUCGACAGUGCCACGGUUCCACUGGACAUUGUUGGUGUGUGGAUGAUAGGGGACAGGAAAGAGCAGGAACCAGGACACCACCUGGUACACCAUCUGUAGACUGUGACAGACCAGUCCCUGUGGCUCCAACCCAGCGCCCUGAGAGUGUGUGUGAGCGCUGGAGGGCCAGUUUGAUUGAGCACUAUGGUGGAAAACCAGAGCCGCAACAAUACGUGCCUCAGUGCGAGCGAGAUGGACAAUUCAGUCCAGUCCAGUGUUACGGAGAGACCACUUACUGCUGGUGUGUGGACCAGGACGGGCGGGAGGUUCCCGGCACCCGAUCACAUGAUGUUGUCAAACCUGCAUGUCUUCCCUCAGUGGCCCCACCCACUGUGCGCCCAUUGCCCCGUCCAGAUGUGACCCCUCCGACAAACACUGACAUCACACUGCUGUACGCUCAGGGACAGAAAAUAGGAGCGUUGCCUCUCAACGGGACCAGGCUAGAUGCAACCCGCUCCAAAACACUACUGACUCUACAUGGUUCCAUAGUUGUUGGUUUAGCCUAUGACUGCAAAGAGAACCGAGUCUAUUGGACAGAUUUGUCUGCAAGAACAAUCAACAGAGCUUCAAUGGCGCCUGGAGCCGAGCCUGAGAUACUCAUUAACACAAAUCUGGUCAGUCCGGAGGGUUUGGCGGUGGAUGCAAAACGUAGGUUGAUGUUCUGGGUGGACUCAAACCCUGACAUGAUCGAAAGCGCCAACCUGGAUGGCAGUGGCAGGCGGACGCUGUUUGACACAGACUUGGUCAACCCCCGGGCCAUCAUAGUGGACUCUUCCACUGGAACUCUGUAUUGGACAGAUUGGAACCGAGAGGCUCCUAAGAUCGAGAGUUCGUCAGUGGACGGUCAGAACCGCAGGGUGGUGGUGUCUGACGGGAUUGGUUUGCCAAACGCUCUCACCUAUGACUCUUCUUCGGGACAAGUCUGCUGGGCCGAUGCAGGUACAAAGCGUUUAGAGUGUGUAUCCCCGGAUGGCUCAGGUCGAAGAGUGAUCCACCCCAGCCUCAACUACCCAUUCAGCAUGGUCUACUACAGGAACCACUUCUAUUACACUGACUGGAGGAGGGAUGGAGUGAUCGCAGUGAGCAAAGACAGCAGUCAGUUCACUGAUGAAUACCUGCCUGACCAGCGCUCUCACCUGUACGGCAUCGCCAUAGCAACCAGCCACUGUCUAUCAGGGAGCCACUGAUGACGGACUGGCAGCCACAGGGUCCUUUGGUGCUAAAGUUCUGGGGCGAUUCCUGAUCAGAGGGCGGGAUCACCCUAAAAAGUGCCCUCUCCAGGGUCCCUCAGAAGAAAGGACACUCAGCAGGGAGCAAGAUGGCUUCCUGUUGCCAGAUCAACUGUCAGAACAAAUCUACACCCCCUCCCCUCACCCUGACCCCAACCCCGUUAUCUCACCUUAAAGAUAUAAUCCCAAAAUAAAUGUUUUGUAAAUUUGUUUUAUACCUCAUUUUUAGUUUUUUUUUCUAUUGUAUUUUUGUACGUGAGUUGUUUUUGUUUUUCUAUCAAUUAAAGCUACAGAACAAUGAAAUCAGAUUUUUAAAAGUAUGUGAGUGUAGGUUUUAUGUUCUUUAAAGCCAAAGAAGAAUGACAUGAAGAGCUUCAAAACUGUUCAAACCAAAAUUCAGUUGCGAAACUGAGCAGACCACAGUGGCUUUUAAAUUCAGUCUUAAUUAUUUAGCAUUCAGAGUGGAUUCUGGACACAAAUACAAACAGGUAAAAGGAAUAGUUAAAUGUUUUGGGAAAUUUGUUAUUUGAUUUCUUGCUGAGAGUUAGAUGAGAAGAUUGAUACCACUCUCUGUCUGUACGACAAAGUGAUUUACAAGAAUUGAAGUGGAAGUUAAAAGCCUUGAAUAAUCAGCACUGAUUAUUCAUUACCUGAUUAGAAAUGGAAAACUUGUAUUUUUUAUUUUUUCAAAUUCCAUAAAAUAUGCUAAGUGGAAAAUCAUUGACUGACAAUGUUUUUGUAGUUAGAUGACUGUAAUGUGUUUCCCUCAGCCCUGUGUGCCACCUCAGAUCACAGCGACUACAGUCCGGCCAUAUUUCUCUGCACUACUAAUCUGUAUUUCACACAUGAUGAAAUGACGUUAUUCUUUUUUUGCCAAAUAUUUUUUACUACUACUUUUCAAAUCUUUAUCUUUUUAUAAGAUGUGAUAUUUAUAACAAUAAAAUGUGAUUUGGUACUUGA